AGAGAACACAGAGCGGAGUGGGGAGCUGCACUUUGUCCACGAGCGUCUCCUCCGUCCUGCUAUCACGAACACGGCGACCUGCCACUGCAACCGGGCAUCCGCGAGUGCUUGCACAGCUGCAUCACCCAGCGAACCACAGAGCGCACGCACGCACAAGGAGGUUGCCCCUGUAACUUCGACUGUUAGUUCGGAACUGCACGCGUACCCGGAAUAAACUCAUCCCGAGCAGAACCGCGGGGACAGCAGCAGUGGAGGAGAACAAGCGGAGGAGACAAGCGCGAGUGGAGUGUCCUGGUGAUUUGUGAAGGAACCAACGAGCAGAAAAAGAAGAAGAAGAAAAGAAGAAGAAGAAGAAGAAGCAGAGGAAGAUGAUUGUCCAGCAGCGGGUGGUCCUCCUUCUCCUUGGCCUCUGGUCCAGCGUCUUUAAAGGUGGCCAAGGUCAGUUCCCCACCACUCAGAACGUGACGGUGGUGGAAGGGAGCACAGCCAACAUGACCUGCCGGGUGGAAUACAACGACAACACCUCCCUCCAGUGGUCAAACCCGGCUCAGCAGACGCUGUUCUUCGGGGACAAGAAAGCUCUCCGUGACAACCGCAUCGAGCUGGUGCGGGCCUCCUGGCAGGAGCUGACCAUCAGCGUCAACGACGCGACGCUGGGGGACGAGGGCCUCUACACCUGCUCCCUCUUCACCAUGCCCAUCAAGAUCACCAGGGCCUACCUCACCGUGCUGGGUGUCCCCGAGCGGCCGGAGAUCAUCGGCUUCACCAAGCCGGCGGUGGAGCGGGACAUGGUCACCCUCACCUGCGCGUCAGCCGGGAGCAAGCCCGCCGCAACCAUCCGCUGGUUCCGUAACGACAAGGAGGUCCAAGGCACGGAGGAGAUCAACGCCACCGGGAAGUCCUUCAUGGUGAGGAGCAGCUUGCAGUUCGAGGUGGACAGACGGGAUGACGGCGUGGCCUACACCUGUAGCGUGGAGCACCCGGCGCUGGAAAGACCCUACCAAACCACAGAGGUCCUGGAAGUCCACUAUGCACCUCGGCUUGACAUCACAGCCUCCCUGAUUGUCCCACAGGAGGGGCAGUAUUUGAAACUUGAGUGUGUGUCCACAGGGAACCCAAUUCCAGAGCCGGUGCUGUGGUCUAAGGACGGGGGGGAGCUCCCGGACGUGGAGCGUAUGAUCGUGGAGGGCCUCGAGCUGACCAUCACCACGCUCAACAAGACAGACAAUGGGACGUACGGAUGCAGAGCCAGCAACCACCUGGGAUCCAGCUCGGCCGAAUUCAUCCUCUUUGUAUACGGUACACAAUCACCGCGUGACACUGAUUCAGAGCUUCUACGUUUUGUGUAUCCAUGGAAAUAUUUUGCAACUCAAAUUAAAAAAAUGGUUGUGUAUCCGCUUUGACACACAUUGUUUUAACAUGAUCACCAUGAAUUUGCCAUUCAUUUCAAUGUCCCAGUGAACCUCUGCUAAUUGACCCUCUAGUUAGCAGCAGUGUUUUGCUCGUGGGUCAUGGAUCGUUAUGCUUUCUUUGCAUAUAUACAAAACAUUUAAGAGACCAAUAAAACCUUAUAAUUACA